AUCAUUUUAUUUUUUUUUUCUGAAACUGCAGAGCAGAGCACACAGCAGAAAGAAAGGAAAAGAGUUAGUUAAUGGCACGGUAUGGUAUGGGUUAUAGAAGAUAACGAACGAACGACUACGAGAGUGUUGUGGCGUUUUUGGCACUGCCACUAAAUUCGCCUUGAAACGAGAACGAGAGAGACAAACAAACAAGCCUUUGCGUUGCGUCUAAUCUAUCCAUCCGUAUCCGUAUCCAAUAUUCCAAAUUCCAAUUCUAGUUCUAUUUAUGGCAACGGCUCCGUUCAUUCACGCGCGCUGUUCUUACUUGCCACGAUUCUCCAAUCGCAACUCUUCACAACAAACCCCUCUACCCUCAUCCUCUUCUCAUGCUUCAACGUCCUCUUCGCCCUCCUGUUCCUCCUCCUCCAACUCCGGCUUGAGUUUCUCUUCUGGUACAAACAGUGGACAGAGACACCAAGGCCUUAGAGCUGGAGCCAUGAAUACAACCACGAAUGGAAAGCCUAUUGCUAGCAAAGGGAACUCAAAGAACGACCCUGAUCAUCUCCUUGUUCUUGUUCACGGUAUCUUGGCAAGCACAGCGGACUGGACUUAUGCUGAGGCAGAGUUGAAAAGGCGCCUUGGAAAGAACUUUUUACUUUACGUAAGCUCAUCAAAUACUUACACUAAGACGUUUACUGGGAUUGAUGGAGCUGGAGAGCGAUUAGCUGAUGAAGUCUUGCAAGUUGUAAAAAAGACAAAAAGUCUGAAAAGGAUCUCCUUUCUAGCCCACUCUUUAGGAGGAUUGUUUGCUAGAUAUGCAAUUGCUGUUCUUUAUUCACCAGACACCUGUAAUAAUGACCAACCUAGUGACCUAGCAAACAGCAUGGCAGAAAAUUCCCAGCGAACAAGCUUUUCCAAAGGAGGGAUGAUUGCUGGGUUGGAGCCAAUCAAUUUUAUUACGUUAGCAACUCCACAUCUUGGUGUAAGGGGAAAAUGGCAGCUUCCAUUUCUAUUGGGUGUCCCAAUCCUAGAAAAGCUUGCUGCUCCAAUGGCUCCUUUUUUGGUUGGUCAGACUGGCAGUCAGUUGUUCUUUACUGAUGGUAAACCCGACAAACCACCUCUUCUUUUGAGAAUGGCUUCUGAUUGUGAAGAUGGAAAGUUUCUAUCUGCACUUGGAGCAUUUAGAUCUCGCAUUGUUUAUGCUAAUGUUUCGUAUGAUCAUAUGGUUGGGUGGCGCACAUCUUCUAUAAGGAGGGAAACAGAGCUCCGUAAGGCUCCUCGCAAAUCUUUAGAUGGGUACCAGCAUGUGGUUGACGUGGAAUACUGCCCCCCGGUCGCUUCUGAUGGCCCUCAAUUUCCCCCAAGAGCAGUGAAAGCAAAGGAAGCAGCACAAAAUGUAGCAGAUACCCGGAAAACUGUGGAAUAUCACGAAAUUAUAGAAGAUGAGAUCAUAAAUGGAUUACAACAGUUGGGAUGGAAAAAAGUCGACGUCAGCUUUCACUCAUCCUUCUGGCCUUUCUUUGCUCAUAACAACAUUCAUGUGAAAAAUGAAUGGCUUCACAAUGCUGGUGCAGGAGUAAUUGCUCAUGUGGCUGAAAGCUUAAGACAGCAAGAAGCGUCAUCAAUUUUGGCUGCUAGCUUGUAACUAGCUAGUGCAUGUAAUUUCACUACGCCUGAGACAUGACUAACUGCACUAUACAAGAUGAAAUAAAUCAAUAUUUUAGUUUAGUAGUCAUUAAUAUACUUACAAUUUAUAAUGAUCAUAAGUUCAUGCAAGCA